AAGUUCAUGAACAUGAAGUUAAUCUAGACAUCUACUCUGUCUGUGUCUCUAGACUUCUAACUUCAACUUGUCUAACUUCUAGAGAGAUGGACUCAAGUCUGUGUUUAGUGUUGCUGUUCCUUGCUCUCUUCUCUGGAUCAGCUUUUUGUCAGUCUUGUGAAACAGUUUCUGGUAAUGGUACAUUAGAUGAAAAAAAGGUAAACUCUAGCGUCUCAUGUUUUCGCUUCAAUAACGAUAAACCAAAGCUGAUGGUCUUGAGAAACAUCCUGCUAAAGGACAAAGAUACCUUACAGAUCCAAGAUGUGGAUGCAAAAAAUAGCACAUUUAAUUACAGGUUACUCACUUCUCAAUCCACUGUGCCAUUUGAAGUAGUUCUUGGUCUCUCUAACACAGCUAUUUAUUUCAAUUCAGCAAAUGUGACAAUCUCCAAUUCAACAUGGUCAAUACAAUAUUCUGAUGACUUGACAGUGGACAUUACUAAUGACUUGUCCACUCGCAUCAAUGCUCCAAAGUUUUAUGCCCCAGGAACAAAAUUAGUUUCUGUCCUUUACAAAGUCACUAGUUACCUGCCAUCUACUAGCAUUCCAGUUGUCACAUUUGUCAACAAUCAGUGGAAAUCAGAAAAUGGAUACAUCUUAAUUGCAAGUGGAGCUUCCAAUCAUCACAAUUAUUCAAAUCCAACCGAGUUACCUGACUUCUUUGCUGAUGAGGGCAAUUCUCAAAUUUCUAUCAAUGUAACACUGAACACAACAGAAGCAAUUCGGGACUUUAUCCUUUCCAUUGAUCCUGUUAUCAAAGCUUGUUCUGGAGUGCUUACCUUAAGCUCAACGCUCGAUGCCAGUAGUCUGUUUGACAAUUUGCCUGAAUUCAGCAGUCCCUAUACUUGUCAUAGGCUGAUCAAUUCCUCCAAUGCCAUCACUGUUAAGGUGGAUAGUUUUAAUUCUUCAUCUGGCCAGCAGCUGACAAUAACAGAUGGGUCCUCAAGUCUUAAGAAAGUCAGCAAGUAUUUCUAUGAAGAUGUCAAUGAUUUUCUGUACAUAAGUCCUGUCAAUGAAGUUCUUGUGACACUGAAAGUUGGUGAAUCAUCUAGAAAUGUGUCUGUCAAGGCCUUUUUUGAUCUGGGAACUCAGUUAAAUGGGAAAGGAAAUAUUGUUGUUUCAAAAGACUUGACCCAAUCAGAAUCUUUCUGGCAGCUGAUAGCUGAACCUUACAAAGUCGUCAAAGUCAACUUCCAAAAAAUUGGCAAUGCGACAGUCACUGUAUAUAGUGGUCUUCAGCGAACUGAAAAAGUGUUUACUGUUCUUAACUCCAGUGACAUGAACGCCAAUCCUGUGAUUGGUGGUAAUGAGAUUCUGCUUCACAUCAAGACUGGAAACCGUACAGAAAACACAAUGGCUGAAUUUGAAAGUAUCCCAGAUGGCUGUGACCACGAAUCAACAGAUUUGAUUGGCCAAUGGUCAUAUUCAGCUAAAACAUCUGACACCAGCUGUUCCUGUUCCAUUGUUCCCUACUUACCUAGCAGUGGCUCAGCCCAACAGAUAGUGCUCUAUCUCGACACAAUCACUUUGAGUGGACAAGAUACUUUGAAAAUUGUGUCCCCUGUUGUACUUGAACCUAAAGAAGUGGCCAAAUUUAAUACUUCUGUUAGUCUACUGCAAGUGGUUGCUCCUAUCAAUGAAGGCUUUCGUGUUGAGUUCACCAGAACUGGUAAUAGCACAGGCAGUCAAGUAUCCAUUCACUACAAGACAGUUGAAACAAUCUGUGGAGGUGACCUGAACACUGACAUUGGACCAUACUCCAGUCCCAACUACCCCUACCCAUAUCCUCUGAAUGCUCUCUGCACUUGGCGUGGCAAUGCUAAGGACAAAUCCUCCCUCAUUACUGUGAAUGAUUUGAACCUGCUUCCUGGACACAACCUGACAGUUAAAAGUGGAUCCACAUCCAUGAAAUAUGAAGGAACCAAGCUCCCUCAGAGUAGUUUAUUGGUGAAGAAAGGUGAAGAAGUUGAUAUCCAGUUCUCAUCACAGUCCUCAUCCAGCUCUUCAGCCACUGGAGUCAGUUUUACAUACAAGACUUUUGAUGAAGGGGAGACAAUUAUUGGUGUAGGAGGAGCCAUCCCUGUCAAGGCCAAUGUUUCUUCUGUCUACAUGAUUCAAGUGAAUAGCUCCAACCCAAAUGAUGCCAUUGUGAAUGUUACUGUGACUGCAAACCCAACCUUGGAAAGUGACCUUAAAGCCUCUUUAAUUAUCUAUGAUGGAGCAACACCUCGAGAACCAGUACUAAAAUACAACCUGUCAGAGCCAGUGCUGUCGAAGAAUAACACAAUAAUAAUCACAUACAAACCUCUGAAACCAAAUAUCACCUUUACUCUCUCUUACAUAAAGUUCAACUGUUCUGCCUGGUGUCAGAAUGGCUACUGCAUGCACCCUGACUGGCUGUGCAAUGGAGUCAAUAACUGUGGAGACAAUACAGAUGAGCUCUAUUGUAAUGAGAACUCUACCACACCAAGUCCACAGCCCACAACUACAGCCAGACCUGAGGCUCAAGACUAUUCUGGAUGGGUAAAAUCUGGCUGGGUUCCUGGAUGUCUUGCCAUAGGAAUCCUACUUGGCAUGAUUCUUUACUUCGCUGUGCCCAGAAUCAUUAACAAAUUUCGAGGCAGGGGAGGAAAUUACAGCAGGAUGGGAGAUGACAGAUUUUUGUGAAAAAACAAACAUCAAGUUGGUAAUACUAGAGUACAUUUUAUGGCUUCCUAAAUUGUAACAAAUUUUGUACUAUUCUAUACACCUCACCUUGAUCCUACCCUUAUCAUUUGUAUCAUGAAUUUUUCACUUUAGCUUAAAGGAGAAUUGCAUUUAAAAAAAAUUUUUCAGCCUAAUCAUUUUUUGUUUGUUAAAGGAAUGAGAUAAUGCCAUAUAUAUAAAAUACAUUUGAUACAAAAUGUGUGUUCCUAAUAGUAAAGUGUUAUUGUGUGUGAUAGUCCAAUGCUACAUGAAACCUGUCUUGUUUUACCAUGUUGCCAGUUGCACAAGCUCAAGAAAUAUUGCCAAACUAAUAAGAAAAGAAUUCAAACCAAAAUCGCUUUAACGUGAAUGUUUAAUGUAUCUGAUGAAUGCAUUGACUUCAAGUACUAACUGCUCAAUGUAUCAUUUUCUAGCAUGUUCAUGAGUUUGGCUUUCAAGCAAGAUGUUUUUUUAAUUCUCAGAAUGUUUUUCUUGGCAUACAGGCAAAAUGACUUUAAGUUUCCAAUGUUCAAUGUGUUAGAUUUUCUUGUUCUGUUUAUUAAAUGGCCAGCUAAUCACUGAUAGCUUGAAGUGUUUUCUAAUGAGUCAUAAUUAUGUCCUAUACAAACAUGUCUCUCAAGUUCUGGCUUCUGUUUAUUUGUAAAGCAACAUUUAGGAGUCUGUGCCAAUGCGUUGCUCAGAUGUUGUUCUGUUUAUUUAUUAGAAAACAUUCCACACUAAUUGUUUGCCAUAAACUUUGUGAACUCAAUCAUUUGUAGUUUAAGUACAGCCAGGAGAAAGUAAAUCUUCCUAUUCAAUUCUUCCUCAUUCAUCUAUUUAUAUGAAACAAUUUACAAUGAAAUAAAUUGUGAUAUUUUUAGAUUUCAAAAUUAAACAAGGACAUUUGAAUGUUACUAAAUGUUAUUACUUGUUUCGUUAUAAUUAUAUUCUAUUGUUUGAUUGGCUUUUUUUAUUUUCUUUUGUUCUACAGAGUUUAGAAAUAAUACAUUUUAACAAAAUUUAACUCUUUCUCUCCUAACUGAAGAUACCAACGUUGAUUCUACCAGAAUGUGGUAAAUAAUUACGGAGAGAAAGAGUUAAAACCAUCAUGGAAUGUCAUCAUGUAUGGAAUAGAUUUGCAUAAGUUUUUACACAAAAUUUCUUGAUCUGUUUGUAGAAACUUUUAGAGCUGGUAGAAUUCUUAAGUAUUGAGCCACACAUUGUUUCUACCACUUUUGCUUAUUCCCUCUAUUCCAUGUAUAGACUUUCCAUGGCUUGACCUUUCCUUUCAUCUUUCAACAUUGUUUCAUUUGCAGGGUUGUGUAGUUUAAUUUUACCUUUAUGGUUACCAUGGAUACAUUUAGUUUAGGUAAUUUAACUUUUUUUUUUCUAUUCAAACUAGCUGUGUAUAGAUAAAAAAAAAAAACCUGGCUUGUUUAUUAUAUUCACCAAUUGAAGCAUUUUACUGCUGGGCCUUAGUAUAAUUGCUUAGGGUAAAAGAAAGAAAUUAUAAAAAAUAUUUUUGUAAUUUUUGUACUCAUCAAUAUCUAGAUCUAGUUUGUUAUGAGCUUGAAAGUGUGAACUUUGUUCUGAAUAUCUAUUGAUAGGAUUCAGUUAUCUAGUCAAGAAGAUUAAAUAAAUCUGAUUGUUACUGUAGGCUUCUUAUGAGCUUCAGAGUUCACUAGUGAAAGAAAAAAAAAAGAAGAAUUUUUAGUUACAAGGCCCAGAGCUUUCUAAACUUGAUCUUGAUCAUUUCUUAAACUAUUUUUCAUUGGCCAGAGCUGAUACACUGUCAAACAUUACAAAGAACUCAUCAGUGUGUAUUCACAGCAUGCAAGAGUGCUGUGAUGAGAUGCCAAUACGAUGGCUGCCAUAGUAAAGUGGUAUGUCGUAUUGAUGAUCAUGGGUUCAAACCCUGCCCGCUGCCACCCCCACCCACCUUCAUGUGCUGUGGGAGGUUUGGGCUAAGAUGUAAAAAUCUUCCAUUCUGAGGGAAUGUCUGAAACCUGUAAAACCUGAUUUGACCCAGUUUGGAAAGCUCUGUUAUAGUGCGCAUUUUAUUGAUAACAAAGAACUAUCUGUGCUACUUAAAAUUCACAUUGUUUCAAGACUGCCCUUGAGGUCAAAGUUUGGCUUAUUACUGAUGUUUGGUUUUUGCCCACUGACAUAUUGCUUUCUAACCUUUGAUUGAACUUCAAUGCUAUUAUACUCAUUAAUCUAUGCUUUUAACAUUGAAACUAUAUUGAUCAUCUAGUGAGCUUUGAAUUCUUGAAAGAUAGUUUUAGUUUUAAUAAUUAAAUAACUAUAAAUAAACAUAAAUAUUUUACUAAGUAAAAUCUGAGAAAUUAAAAACGACAUAAAAUUUUUUUUGUCUGCAUAAAAAAACUAUUAGAACUACAUACACUUAUUGUAUUGUUGUUGAAUUGCUUCUAGUUGCCAUAUAAUUUCAAUAUAUUUAGAGUUUAGGAAAACUGUGAUUGUGUGUGAAUGUUUUUAUUACAAACCUCAGACUUUUAAGUCAUGUAUGUAAAUCUGACUAUGAGUUACUAUGUCCUUUUUUACUUUCACUUUGUCAAAGAUUGUCUUGACUUUGCUGUUAUCUCAUGCACUUGUUUCAGCUUUUACAUUUAAACUUUCUUUAAUUUUCAAUGUAUCAUUACAAUAAUAUCUCACCUAGUAGAAAUAUAUCUACUUCAACCAAGCUUUUUUUUUUUUUUCUUUUGUUUUUUUAAAUGAGCUAAAUGAUUAAAAAAGAAGGUGGACAAAUCAUUAUUUUUGUUUUGACUAGCAUGCUUCCAAUUGCUUCACUGUGUAUUACUCUAGAAUUUCUUGACCAUGAUUCUGAACACUAGAUUUUCUCACAAGGAUUGGAAAGUUCUUAUUUUGUUAUUACCAUGUUGUUGUGACUCAUUUUCUGUUGCUGGUUUAAUCAAAGACACAUUCAUCAUCACGCUUGUAUUAUUUUUAUUUCACACACACACACACACCCACUUGUAUGCAAACACUACAUAAUCAAAUAUCAAAAUAUUUAGUUUUAAGAAUAUUUCUUUAUUUCUUGAGCUGGUUGAGAAUUCCCAUGUCAAUUUAAAAACAAAUAGCUCUAAUUAACUAGGUUGAAACCUGAUUACAUUUAAAUGAUGUCAAAAGAAUAUUUGAUAUUUUCACUAUUUCUCUCUGACUUGGCAGGUAAGCAAUGGUAAUCAACUGUGAAGCUAGAUAUGUGGAACACAACUACACUAUGUAAUAGAUAGAUUCAUUUUUUGUUUAUUAACUAUGCCUGUAUCUUAGAUUUCUGUAGUGUCAGGGCUGCUAAGAGAGCAUGGUUUAAACUCCAUUUGUAAUGAUUACAACACAUGUUUCCUCCUAAGGUGUUCAGUUAUGAUUAAACUCAUGUUUUAUUCCAACUGAAACACUUCAAAACAAACCAGACACCAAGUCUUCCACUCUUGGCUAUGCUGGGUAUUAUGUAUACUGUUGUAUUUUUUUUUUUUUUAAAGGUAUGGGAGGCAGUCUACGUUUGAUGCACAUUACUAAACCUUUUAUUCAACUAUAUUUCUUGAAUGCUAAAUAUCUGAAUGUAAGAUUGUUCUAGAGUUGGCCAUGUUCAAAAAGUUCAAAAUAAAAUUUACAUUAGAGAUUUUUUUUGUGAUGACUAGCUGACAUUUAGAGUUGAGUUUGCUGUUUCAUCUCCAAGGAACCAGCUUUUACUACUGACUUUUAAUUGAAACCUCAACCCUAUGUCCUCCCUCAACACUGCACUCUUUACCAGCAUUAAUAUAAAAAAUAUGAGGCGUUUUGUUGUUUUGUGAAACAAUUAGACACUCUGGAGUUUUGAUCUGAACAUAUUUGGGACUUAUUAUUUUCAUGUUUAAAAUGUUUUGUUUGAGUUAUUCAGAGUUAUUACAUCAGUUUUGUUUCUAUUGGAAAUAUAUUCCUAAAAUUAAAUAAAUUUGUUUAUGAACCACUGA